GAAGAAAUUUGGGGGUUGAAAUUCGUCGCUGAAAAAGGGAAAGUAUGCAUAAUUCAUUCUAAAAAGAAAAAAUGGGAGGCCGUUAUUCCAAUUUUCAUCCCCCAAGUUCGGUUGAAAUAAAUUACUGUUUCCUUCCAGUUGUAGAAUAAAGGGAUAGUAAACUGUAGAAUUGGAGUCAUUUGAUUUUGAAAAGCAAAUGAAAAUGAUGACAGAAGCUGUAGUAAGUCGCGGCAAAGAAGAAAGAAAGCCACUCUGAAUUUGGGAAAUUUUGGUAUCUACAAAACGUAAAGAGAGAAAUUUAUGCGAAAGAGGAAAGAGGAACCCUUUAUUGUUUUUCCUUCUCUUCCCUCAUCAUUUCGACUUAUUUGAUUGGAAAAGAGACUAUUCUUUUCUUGGAAGAGGAAAAUAUGUUAUGUCCCCAGCAACCUUCCACCUCACCUCCCACCUUCGAUCCCAAAUAUGUCCCCUCUUGUUGAUCAUGCAGAAGGAGGAGAUGAAAACCAACCACACAACUCAGCUUCUACUGCCAACCAAGACAUAGUUGCAGCUCAGCUUGCUGCCAUGCAACAACAAUUUGGUGUCUUUCAGCUAGUAUUGGCUCAACUAUUAGCUCGGAAUAACCCUGGUGAUCCCCUCAUCAAUUUACUUAACCCUGCUCCACAACCCCCAACUCCACAGCAAAACCCUGAACCAGUUCAGCAUGCUCCUACUCUUAACAGCUUAGAAAAGCUAGUAGCUGAACAGCGAGGUGCCCCACCUCCACACCAUGUUGCUGACUCCAUACCCCACCCUCUGAACACCAAUAUCACUCUACCUCCGAGGUCGAUAAACUCUUAUACAGAAAUGGCAUCUGCUUUUGCCAUAAAGUUUUCCAGUAGAAGGUUGAUCAGGAAAACUACUUUUGAGUUGAUACGAGUUAAACAGAGGGACAGAGAGUCUUUGAAGAAUUACAUGAGCAGAUUCAAUGAUGCAGUACUGGAGAGGCCAACUCCCUCUAAGAACCAAAACCCAGACUGGAGAGAUGAGAAUCGGAGCAGGAAAUGGAUGAGGACAGCACAGAAUCGAGGUCCGAUGUCGACCUCCACACCGAGAUUCGGAAGGCCGAACUCAGCACCUCCACAACAGUCUGCAGGUAAACCUUCAGUUACUUGGAUUCCUUUUAACUUGCCGAGGUCACAGAUUUUCAUGCAGAUUAAGAACAAGAUGAAUUUAAGGCGUCCGGGUCCAAUGAGAACUGUUGCUGCUAGCCGAGAUCAUACUAAAUAUUGUGAUUUUCAUCAAGAUCACGAUCAUACAACAGAGCAAUGCAACAAUCUGAGGUCCGAGCUGGAAAGUCUAGCUCAAAAAGGAAUGUUGAAUGAGUACAUCCAAAGAGCUGAACAGCUAAGAUUUGUUAGAGAACAGGGACCACAGCCUCAAGGAACCCGGGUGGUAACACCUCACAACAACGCUUUGGUCAUCUCUGUAAUGAUCAACAAUUGUCAAGUCCAACGUGUACUUGUCGAUACUGGUAGUGCACCUGAUAUCAUGUACUACCACUGUUUUGAAAGCCUAGGGCUCAACCCAGCCCUGCUACAACGUUAUGAUGGUCCCAUAUAUGGCUUCAACAACCAACCAGUUCCAGUUGAAGGGAUCCUAACUAUGAAUAUUGCGUUUGGAAGUGGCCGAACCUAUGUAACUCCUUCAGUUCGGUUUUUGGUGGUCAAGAUGCCUUCUUCUUUCAAUGUUGUCAUUGGCUGGUCUACAUUAACAAAGAUUCGAGUUGUGGUCUCUCAAUCUCAUCUCUGCAUGAAAUUUUCAACCUUCAUGGGAAUUGCAACACUCAGAGGUAACCAAGAAGUGGCCAGACACUGCUAUCUCACUUCGGUUACAAGACCUCAAAAAAACAAAGAUCAACCAGCAAAGAACCCUCCACCGGAAAUCCACAACAAUCGACAAGUGAUGGGGACACAGAUAGGAACUCGGUUGAAGCCUGAGGAGAGAGCAGAGUUGAUAGCCUUUUUCCGAGCUAACAAAGAUGUUUUCGCAUGGACCUCAGCAGACAUGCCGGGAAUUCCCACCUCGGCAUGUCCAAAAGACUGUUACCCAAUGCCAAACACUGACAAGCUGGUUGAGGUAGCUUCUGGAAACGAGAGAUUAAGUCUCUUGGAUGCAUACUCUGGCUAUCACCAAGUCCCCAUGGCUCUUGGGGAUGAAGAGAAAACCUCGUUCUAUGUCGGAGAUGAAAUCUAUUGCUACGUGAUGAUGCCCUUCGGCCUAAAGAACGCAGGUGCCACUUACCAGAAGAUGGUUACCAUCGUAUUCCGAGCUCAAAUAGGCCGGAAUCUGGAAGUUUAUGUUGAUGAUAUUGUGGUGAAAAGUUUGAAAAUUGAAGAUCAUUUAACUGACCUCGAGGAGACAUUCAACAAUCUCAGAAAGAACAGAAUGAGGUUGAAUUCAGCAAAAUACAUCUUCGGUGUGGAGUUAGGAAAAUUUCUAGGCUUCAUGGUGUCCAGAAGGGGAAUUGAGGUUAACCUCGAGAAGAUCAAAGCAGUAGCUGAGAUGAAGCCACCGAAGUUAAUAAAAGAUAUCAUGAGAUUGGCAGCCCAGAAGGAUGAAUCUGGUAAACAAAAGAAAUUCGAAUGGAAUUCAGAAUGCCAAGCUGCAUUUGACGAGUUGAAGUCUUAUCUUAGCUCACCUCCUUUGCUGACAAAGGCUAAUGAUGGAGAAAUCCUUUACUUUUACCUCAGCAUAUCAGAUGAAACUAUCAGUUUUGUGCUAGUGAGAGAAGAGGGGAAGCAACAGAAGCCAGUUUACUACACCAGUAGCGUGUUACAUGGAGCUGAAAUCAGAUAUUCUAUCACUGAGAAAGCAGCCUUAGCAGUUGUCACUUCGGCUAGGAAGCUGAGACCAUAUUUCCAAUCACACCCGAUCAUAGUCCUCAUGAAUCAGCCCCUCAGACAAAUCUUACAGAAGCCAGAAUGCUCAGGAAGAUUGAUCAAAUGGGCAGUUGAACUGGGAGAAUUUGAGAUAACAUUUCAGCAGAGGUCAGCAAUCCGAGCUCAGGCUCUAGUAGAUUUUAUAGUAGAAUGCACCUCGGCUCACUCUGAUUCCCAGCCUGGGCUGGACAACUGGAUUUUGUAUGUUGAUGAAGCAUCAAGUAACAAAGGUUCUAGUGUUGGUGCAAUCCUACUUGGCCUAGAUGGGUACAGAAGUGAACAUGCUCUGAAAUUUAACUUCGAUGCGACAAACAAUAUGGCUGAGUAUGAGGCUCUGUUACUUGGCUUACAGUUGGCAAUAGAACUGAAGGUUGUGGCAAUACAAAUAUACAGUGAUUCACAACUAGUAGUCAAUCAGGUCAACUCAGUUUAUGAAGUGGUCGAUCCUGUCAUGAUGAAGUAUGCAACUCUGGUCGCCGAGCUGAAGUCCAAAUUCCAGAAAUUUCAGUUGAGAAAAAUACCCCGAGCUGAAAAGGAGCAAGCAGAUUCCCUCUCCAAAUUUGCUUCUGAUGGCAACCGAAUGCCUGCAGAUAAACAGGAAGAAAUGAGGUUGAGGAAGAAAGCAUCUUGGUACACCCUUGUUAAUGAUGUCCUCUACAAGAGAUCUUUCUCACUCCCUCUACUCCGCUGUUUGAACCCUUAUGAGGCUGAAUACGCACUUUGGGAGGUGCAUGAAAGUGUCUGCGGAAGUCACAUAGGUCCAUUCAUGAAGGGGGUCGGAAGUGUAACCCAUUUGAUUGUUGGUGUGAAUUAUUUUACGAAAUGGGUUGAAAUUCGGCCAUUAUCCAGUCUUACCUCCAAGAAGGUCGAAGACUUUGUUUUCAGCUCAAUCAUCUGCAGAUAUGGGAUCCCGAAUCAGAUUGUGGCUGAUAAUGGAACUCAGUUCAACUGUUCCUCAUUUAGAGAUUUCUGCUCUAGUUAUGGGAUCAAAUUGCAGUUUAUCUUGGUGUACCACCCAGAAUCUAAUUGGAUGGUAGAAUCUGUCAACAAGGUUAUACUCGAGGGAAUAAAACCAAGGUUAGAGCUACAUAAGGCCAGGUGGGCAGACGAGCUCAACAAUGUCCUCUGGGCAUACAGAACCACGAGUGAAACACCCUAUCACCUGGCCUUUGGUACCGAAGCAGUCAUUUCUAUUGAGAUAGGAGUCCCAAGCUUCAGGGUCACCCAUUUCGAUGAAGGACGAAAUGAACAACUGCUUCGAGAGAAUCUUGAUCUGCUUGAUGAAGUCCGAGAAGAAGCACGACUUCGAACUUUAGUUUACAAGCAAAAAAUAGACAACUUCUACAACAAACGAGCUCGACCCCGAACAUUCAAAGUAGAAGACCUUGUUCUCAAGAAAGCUGGUCUAACGGGGUUCGAAACUCGAUUUGAAAAAUUAGCACCAAACUGGGAAGGCCCCUACACUGUAGCCGAAGUGCCGUAACCAGGUGCUUAUAUCCUACGGGACACUGAAGGAAAAAGGGUUCCUAGAGUCUGGAAUGUCAAUAACUUGAAGAAAUUUUACCCUUAAAU